ACUGCAGACGCUAAGAUAUUGUUGUUCUGUCUUUCGCUUAUACUAUAUAAAGUUUCUCACACCUGGAUUAUCAUCAAAAAUGUUUCGAAAUUUCGUUGGUGGAUUGCUUUUUGCCUUAUUGAUGUUUUUUACAGCAUUUUUUGGCUCCAUCUUUAUGAUGGGACCAACCUUGCCAUUGCUUUUUCUUCAACCAAAUUGGUUUCGAAACAUCAAUGAUAAAUUUAUAGGACUAUGGAUGGGUCUACCCGUCGUUGUUCUAGAGAAAGUGUUUCGUGUAAAGGUACAUAUAACUGAGGAGAAUUUUCAUUCACAAUUAAAUCAUGAGAAAGCAAUAAUUAUCAUGAACCACAGAACAAGACUUGAUUGGCUCUUUUUUUGGUCUGUCAUCAUGCGUCAGAAAAAACUGCAAUAUGAGAAAAUAGUUUUGAAGGAUGGUCUUAAACACAUUCCUGGUGCAGGUUGGGCUAUGCAGUUUGCAAUGUUUGUAUUUCUUAAGCGAAACUGGGAGAUGGAUGAAAAAUAUCUUCAGGACAUUCUUGAUUACUUUUUGAUGAUGAAAUGCCCCCUUCAGCUCCUCAUGUUCCCUGAAGGUACUGACUUUGGUCCCCACUCCUUGGCAAAGAGCAAAGAAUAUGCCAUAAAACAUAAUCUGCCUGUGUACAAACAUGUCUUGCAUCCCAGGCUGCGAGGUUUUACUUAUUGUGUAGAACGACUGAGAAAAGAGGGAAGUCUCCAUGCAAUCUAUGAUGUGACUGUUGGUUACCGUGGCAACUUGUGUCAAUCUGAAUCAGAUAUACUUUUGGGUAAACCCGAUGAAGUGCACUUCCAUAUGAAGCGAUAUCCAAUAGGCACUAUCCCAGAAUCCACAGAUAGCUUGGAGAAAUGGUGUAUACAGAGAUGGGUUGAUAAGGAGGAGACCUUAGAACAGUUUUAUAAAGGUUGUCAACUCUACCAGACCCAAGAAGAAAAGAUGAGACAAAAUGACACUUGGAGAAUUCUUCAUCAAAUGAUAUUAUUAUUUUCCUACUGGGUUGUAUUUCUUUGUGUUGUGUUAUGCUUAAUUUACAAAUACUGGUGGGUAAGGCUAUACGUAAUUCUAAUGGCUUCCAUAUUAUUUUUACAAUCAAACUAUGGUGGGGCUUUGAAACACUACAAAUUAGAAAAAAAUAAUGAAGACCAAUGUUUACGGUAGUAAUUCUUAUUCUUUGACAUUUCAACAAAGACUUCUACAUUUACUUUAGAAGGUAAUGUUUGUGUGGAAUCAAUUCACACGCGUUAUAAUGGGGGAAUAAAGCAGUUUAUAUUGAUAAUGACAUUAUAUUCGUCGACAUUUUCACGCGUGUGAGAUAAAAUACAAAUUACACAAAAA